CAAGUGAGACUACACGAUCUUGGAACAAUGUCUCAUUUCCUUCAGAAACAGGGGUUACCAGAGGUCUCCCCCUCAGAAAGGAACAGGGCAGAGAAAUGGAUCUUUGUCUCUUUAAGAUGAGACGAACUGCCACUCUUAGUCAUAUAUCUUUACUGCACCCUAGGGUUAUAAAAACAUACUCUUCAUUUUGAAAGUCUUUUAUUACAUCCAUAAACAUCAGAUUGCAGCUGACUGUUCCCUGGAUGAGAAUUUCCUAGUACUCCAAGUGAGUUUUGACAGGGGAGGGAGUGAAAGUAAGAUUGUUGGGUUUUUUUUUUUUUACUGGAACGGUGUUUAUAGGGAACUUGUCAGUCUCUGGCACGCUACAGCCACUGUCAGAGGGCUGAGCAGCAUGGAGUGAGAGGACACGGGUUUCUCUCUUUUUUCACUGUCUGACUCGGGUGCCAUCCCAGGUGCAGCACACGAGAAAGAAGAAUUGUUCCAGAAUUUAUUGGGACAGAUUGCAGAGCAGUUCUCAAGGGUUUUUAAAAUCAAUGAGCUGAAAACGGAAGUAGCUAAUCACUUGGCAAUGCUGGAGAAAAAGGUUGAAUUGGAAGGCCUGAAAGUGGUGGAGAUUGAGAAAUGCAAACGCGACAUUAAAAAGAUGAGGGAGGAAAUGGCAGCAAGAAGCAGCAGGACUAACUGUCCCUGCAAGUACAGCUUUUUGGAUGAAAACAAGAGACCGGCUCCCCGGCGGGAUGUACCAUCCUACCCAAAGUACAUGCUGUCCCAAGAGACCAUCGAAGCACUUCGGAAACCAACCUUUGACGUCUGGCUGUGGGAGCCCAAUGAGAUGCUGAGCUGUUUGGAACACAUGUACCACGACCUCGGGCUGGUAAAAGACUUCAACAUCAAUCCUAUCACGUUAAAGAGGUGGUUGCUGUGUAUUCAUGACAAUUACAGAAACAACCCCUUCCACAAUUUCCGGCACUGCUUCUGCGUGACCCAGAUGAUGUACAGCAUGAUCUCGCUCUGCAGACUCCAGGAGAAAUUUUCCCAGAUUGACAUCUUGAUUCUCAUGACUGCAGCAGUAUGCCAUGACUUGGACCAUCCAGGCUAUAACAACACCUACCAGAUAAACGCGCGGACCGAGCUCGCCGUGCGUUACAACGACAUCUCCCCGCUGGAGAACCACCACUGUGCCGUGGCCUUCCAGAUCAUUUCCCAGCCAGAAUACAACAUUUUCUCCAACGUCGACCAGGACCAAUUCAAACAGAUAAGACAGGGGAUAAUUACAUUAAUCCUGGCUACAGACAUGGCGAGACAUGCAGAAAUACUGGACUCUUUCAAGGAAAAAAUGGAAAAUUUUGAUUACUCAAAUGAAGAACACAUGACCUGUCUGAAGAUGGUGCUGAUAAAAUGCUGUGAUAUCUCCAACGAAGUCCGCCCGAUGGAAGUAGCGGAGCCCUGGGUGGAUUGUUUACUAGAGGAGUAUUUUAUGCAGAGCGACCGAGAAAAAUCCGAGGGGCUUCCAGUGGCGCCGUUCAUGGACCGCGACAAAGUGACCAAGCCCACGGCACAGAUCGGCUUCCUGAAGUUCGUCCUCAUCCCCAUGUUUGAAACAGUAACAAAGCUAUUCCCAGAAGUGGAGGAGGUGAUGCUCCAACCCCUGUGGGAGUCCAGGGACCACUACGAGGGAUUAAAACAGAUAGAUGAUGCUAUGAAAGAGCUGCAGAAACAGAAAAGCGAAAGUUUGACAGCCGGCAGCACCGAAAAGUGAGACGAGAAAAGCCCUUGAACAAAACACAAGCCCCGAGGCUGCUCCGGUUUUGAGAAAUGCUGUAUUUGCCAAACAGACGUGGUGGCCGCGUCAAAAUCCAGCUGGGACCGUGCAUGAGGAGAAGUGGCAGGGAUGGAUGUCCUGCCUGCCUGGGCACCUCAUCUACAGCCCGCAGCCUCCUUGCACAGGCGCUGCCGCCGUCUCGUCGGGCGCCGAGGGUUCCCCACGCUCCAACAUUCCCAGCAGGAUUCCCCCUGCGGACAGUGCACAGGCUGCAGCACGGCUCAAACCUCCAGCAGAGCUGCCUUUUUGGUGACCAAACUGUCAGCCACAGUGUGUAGAGGCAAAUCAGAGCUUAGCUAAGGAGCCUUUCCUGGAAAGUGUUCCACCGGCAUCCAAAAACACCAGAAGAAGUUGUUUUAGCGAAGAUACUCUCUCUAUGUGUACAGCAGUAUGCUAAUUACAGCACAGCUUAACAGAUGCUUAUAUACUGACAAGGGUCCUGGCAUACAUUUUUGUUUGCCCAGUAGGCCCUUAUCACACAUUUCUCUGCAUUAUUCCCUGAAUUUUAUAGUGUUCACAGUACAUUCAGAAGCCCAGCAUAGUGGAUGCAAUUUUCUUUUUUUUUUUUUCUACACUAGAAGAAAUCAGAAGAAACCUUAGUGAGUUUGCAGGGUUGCUUUGUGGCCUGGUACAGCUGGACAUCAUGGGAUCCUUCAGCAUGAGCAGAGAAGGAGCACAAAGCUGAAACCAAGGUGCAAACACAUUUUUAUCCUUGUUGAUACAAAAAAGCAACAAAAAAACCCCUUCAAAGAUGUACAGAUUUUUUUUUUUUUUUUACUUUUAAACUGAUCUGCUAAAUAAUAUAUUCUUCUACAGAAA